AUGCCUCCAGUUCGAUCCACCGUAGAGCGCAUGGACAAGCCCAGCUCAUACGCCUCCAGCAAGAAGCGCCGAAGGUAUCGCGACGAUGACGCUUCUCGGGUGAGCCCUGAAGUCGAGGACAAGCUAAAGGAUGCAACCACCCUCUACGUCGGAAAUCUGUCCUUCUAUACCACCGAAGAGCAGAUUCACGAACUUUUCUCAAAAUGCGGUGAGAUAAAGCGCCUGGUCAUGGGCCUCGACCGAUUCCAAAAGACGCCGUGUGGCUUCUGCUUCGUCGAGUACUACAGCCACCAGGAUGCGCUGGACUGCAUGAAGUACAUUGGAGGUACUAAGCUUGAUGAGCGCGUCGUUCGCACAGAUCUAGAUGAGGGCUUUGUAGAGGGCAGGCAAUAUGGGCGAGGCAAAUCUGGUGGUCAAGUGCGUGAUGAAUAUCGCCAGGAAUACGACCCCGGCCGAGGUGGAUUCGGCAGGGCUCUUAACGAUGACUAUGGAGAAAGGGAUGACUACCGCUAG